UGCUCGGCUGUGAGUGGAACGGGCGCGUGCGGCUAAACUCACUCUUCACUGCGAGCUAGAAAGUCAAGCGAUGGAGACCUGAUUUCUUUACGCCGCGUUGUGAGGGAUUUUAAUUUAUUUUUUUUAAAGUAAUAAACUAAAAUAAUAAUAAAAACACCUCGUUAAUGGACUCAGGAUACGAGGUGGCAAGUUUUCCAGGGAUAUACGAAGAACCCGGACGAUUCUCAGUGUGGUCUCUGACACGUAAGCGACGCAGAAAAGUUGAGUUGUUUUGUGUUCAUUAAACUAGCGCGUUUAUUUACCACAGUUAGCUCGCUAGCAAGGUGACUAGCCAGAGACUUUUUACUGCUCUUUAUUAAGCGUAUUUGUUUUGUAAUGGCGGCUCUAAGAGCGAAAGUGUUGUACGACUUCACUUCUGAAAACCCCGGAGAGAUAUCGGUUAAAGAGAAUGAGAUAGUGAGUCUGUACAGUGAGCAGGACAUUGAGGGCUGGCUGGAAGGACUGAACAGUACCGGGCAGAGGGGACUCUUCCCUGCGUCCUACGUACAGGUCCUGAAGAACGAAAUAGCCUCUUCUUUAAACAGCACUUCUGUGGACGCGCAUCAAGGCUCUGCAGGAGUCAACAACACUCCAGGAAGCUAUACGCCGACUUUUACGAGUGGUUCCCUCCCAGCACCACCUGCACUGCAGCAGCACCAGCAGAGUUACCCAGCCAGCCAAGGGAGUGAUGAUGACUGGGAUGAUGACUGGGAUGACAGUUCGACAGUGGCUGAUGAGCCAGGUGUCACGCGUAGAGAUUUACACGAUUUCGAAAACAACGGACCCAACACCUACAGGGUGACCACGUCUUCAAUGGCCCGAGGUGGCAGCAACGCUCAGCAAGCCAAGAGUUCGGCUACGGUUGGCAGGAACCUUAACAGGUUCUCUACUUUCGUGAAGUCAGGAGGCGAGGCGUUUGUGCUCGGCGAAGCGUCCGGGUUUGUCAAGGAUGGCGAUAAGAUCUGUGUGGUGAUGGGUCAGUAUGGCCCCGAGUGGCAGGAAAACCCGUACCCUUUCCUUUGUACCAUCGAUGAUCCGACCAAGCAGACGAAAUUCAAGGGCAUGAAAAGCUACAUCUCGUAUAAACUAACCCCGACGCACACGCAAAACCCAGUGAACCGAAGAUAUAAGCAUUUUGACUGGCUGUACGCUCGGUUGGUGGAGAAGUUCCCGGUCAUUUCUGUUCCGCACAUCCCUGAGAAGCAGGCCACAGGCCGCUUCGAGGAGGAUUUCAUUUCGAAGAGAAGGAAAGGUCUGAUCUGGUGGAUGAACCACAUGACGAGCCACCCGGUGCUGGCCAGGUGUGAUGUUUUCCAGCACUUUCUCACCUGCAGCAGCACAGACGAAAAGAGCUGGAAGCAAGGCAAGAGGAAGGCGGAGAAGGACGAGAUGGUCGGAGCGAAUUUCUUCCUUAUGAUCAGCACGCCGGCCUCCUCGCUCGACUUCCAAGAAGUCGAGGGCAAGAUCGACGGAUUUAAGGGUUUCACCAAAAAAAUGGACGAUAGCGUGAUCCAGGUGAACGCGACGCUCAAUGAGUUUGCGAGGAAACAGAUCACUGGAUUUAAGAAGGAAUAUCAGAAAGUCGGCCAGGCGUUUAAGUAUCUCAGCCAAGCUUUCGAGCUUGACCAGCAGGCGUACUCGACCGGUCUGAACCAUGCCAUUGCGUACACCGGCGAGGCUUACGAAGCCAUCGGAGACUACUUUGUGGAGCAACCGAAACAAGACGUGGACCCGGUGAUGGAUCUCCUCGCACUGUACCAAGGACAUCUCACCAACUACCCUGACAUCAUCCAUGUUCAGAAAGGUGCUCUGACCAAGGUGAAGGAGAGCCAGAAACACGUGGAGGAGGGCAAGAUGGAGCGGCAGCAGGCUGACGGCAUCGCCGAGCGCUGCAACAUCAUCUCGUUCGCCACACUAGCCGAGAUCCAGCACUUCCACCAGAUCCGCGUGCGUGACUUCAAGGCCCAGAUGCAGCACUACCUGCAGCAGCAGAUCAGCUUCUUCCAGAAAGUCACAGGCAAGCUGGAGGAGGCGCUCCGGCAGUAUGACAACGCCUAGAUCCGCCCCACACCCGGCAUCCCUUUCCCAGGGGAGAGGUGAACGUUAACCAGCCUCUACUUUAGCAAUACGCUAAACCGAGAGAACCUUUCUCUCAGAUAUCUCGCAGCUAAGCGUGGCUAAAUAAAGCAUAGGGGUAAAGUAUGUGACAAGAUAGCGUUAACCCUCUCUAGGAGAGGUAGUGAAUUCCAGAUAAAAAAAGGGGGGUGGGGGGUGUUAUGAGAGGGGCAGACGCUUUUGACAGCUAGGAGAAUGUUGCAUUACAGCUCUGUGAAACUAAUAGUGCUCAGGAUGACAAGCAUUCCAUCGGAAAGCACAAUUUCUGCUUUACUAACACACAGUAGAUUAUUCACUCGCAAAAUCCGAUUAUGAAUCACAUCAGGACGUCCAGUGCUGUUUCACGCCAACCUGCAGAACGCUCGAGCGCUUCAAGGUGAGCUUAUUCAAAAUGUUUACAGAGAUCUGAUGAGUAGCUGUCUUCACUUUGCCGUGCCUUUCGACCCUGUCUUUAUUGAUAUUUUUUAUCCUUUGUUUUAAUUAAUGUUAUAUACAUUAUAUAUUGUACUUAUUCUAAGAUGUUUUAUAAGGCCUUACUUUUUUUUUGACCUGGCUGCUAAAGUAAGUCUGAAGUUGGGCGUGCCCCAUUAGGAGAGGAUGUGGGAACAGAAUUAUGCCCUAAUUUGGCUCUCAGACUGAUUUUUAUUUCUUUUUUUUUUUUCUUUUCGUAAGAAUCCAGGAAAUAGGAUUAAGCAAAACCAGUUGUGCCCUGGGUUGAUUUACCCAAUCAUUCGUUAAGAGAUAUGAAAAUAUUCCCAUGACACGGCAUAGAGGAAUCUAAAUAAAGCAAGAGAUAACGAACUAAAACACGCAGCUCACUCAGGACUCCACUUCUGUUAUGUUUCAUCAUGGACACAUCUGACACUUUGACCCCGGAGAGGACUGAGAAUUUCAUUUAUUUAAUCAUGAAUGUUUUAUUUAACAUUGUGAUCGAGUAAACACCUUGUUUGUUCAGAAAUGAAUGUUCAUUCUUUUUUUUUUUUCUUUUUUUUUUUCAAAAAUAAACCCUGCACAUAACUCA